CAUUCUUCGAGCUCCCGAAUUCAACCCGGUCGGGAAAAUGGAUUUCUAUUAAGUUUAAUUUUUUUUUGAAAGAUCUGUUAAGUUUAUUUAAAACUCUUUCAAGACACAAGCACAACCAAUCCAUGUCCAGAUCUGAUCUGAAAUCUGAAUACAUCGGCUUAUUUUUGUGUGUGUUUAGGUUAGAACUGAUGGGAUCCGGUGGGAGCAAGGGUUCUUGCAGGGGAGGAGCUUCCUCGUCGAGUGGUGGGAGGAAGGGAAGAUCUAUUGGAAAGAAUAGAGUUUUCCAAUCCUCUCGCCUGGGAGCGCCUUCUGGAUCUGCUGACUCCCACUUUGACCGUCAGGUGGUUGUUGUUGAUCACCAUAAUAAAGACUACGGCUCUAAUUUCACCAACCAGAACAGGAGAGAACGGGAAUCUGAGUCGGAUCAAGUGAAAAGAGAAUGUUCCAGAAAGGUUAAAGCUGAAUCGGCAUCUGAUUAUGAAAUGCCACUGCCAUGCAUAUCUUCCAAUGGUGUAGAUAUAGAUGCCUCGAGAAGUGGUAGCAGCUCUGGCAGAGCCACCACAGCAGUGCAUCACUCUCCUUCUCGCUGCCUCUCUGGCUUUAGCUUCUUUUCGGGUAACAUUAGCUUCGCAGAGCUAAUAGUUUGGGUUCGUCUAGGGCAUAUCCUGUUUCUCCUCCAAGUCUUGCAAUAUUGAACCGUGAUGACAACUUCGAGACACUUGAACAUCGACAACUUUCCCCAAAUUCUUCUUCUAUAAACUUAUAUUCUCCCUUAACCUUCAAUGAUUCAGACACAGAUAGAGAUGAAAUUGGUGGGUCAAGUUCAAAUGGUCGUAACCAAGACGAUUCUCUGAUCAAACAUGGUGAAUACUGGGCUCAACAUGAUGAACUACAUGGUGCUUGUUUUAAUGCCUCAGAAGUGACCACUGGAAAAACUAAUGAUAAUACAAAUGAUGGCAUAGUUGAGAUUUCCGAUGAUGGAAGGUUGGAUAAGAUGGAAUUUUUAUCUAACAUCUGGGAACAUGUUGAAUCUGAUGACUUUAUGGAACGUGUGUGUCAAGGUUUAGAUUCUCGACCCUCUUCCCUUGGUGGAAAUCAGGCGAUGUUAAUUCAGCUCCCAUCUCAUAUUCUACCAUUAAACCAUGAUCCCUUGAUCUUACCAGCUGGGAGAGUCGGUGAUCAUGUUGAUAAUGAUCACCAUGCAGUUCGACCAUUAAACCAUGAUCCCUUGAUCUCAUCAGCUAGGAGAGUUGGUGAUCAUGUUGAUAGCGAUCACCAUGGACUUUGUGUACCAGAAAAUAUGGAGGAUUCUCAGAAAGUGUAAUGUUUUCACCAGCUCAGAAUCCUUAUGAACAAUUUGCUGACAGGGUUGACCAACUACCCAAAUCCCAAGAUAGCUCAAAAGGGGAGAGGCAAGUUUCACAUUACUUUCUUAGCUGUGGGAUUUAUUGAAUUCAGGAAUAGAGAAACAUUCCCAGAUGAGACUGAAGCCUGUAAACACUGCAACUGUAGAAGAUCCAGAUGUUUGAAACUGUAAGUUCACAUGCGAGACAGAACAUUUCACUUGAGUAAUAUGUUACUCGGACUUGGUUUAAGCAUAUACUCGAGAUCGGUAUGUUUCAUUUUCUUUUAAGUUUUCUUCAUGUAUUUAGAAGAUGUUUGGAACAUCAUACCCUGAAUGUUCAGAGGGUGCUCAAAAAUAGUGAAGAUGUUUAGAACAUCUGUUGAGUUUUGUUGUUUGUUGUGAUUGGCAGUUAUUGUGAGUGCUUUGCAGCAGGGAUUUGCUGCAAGGAUUAUUGUGCAUGUGAUAACUGUUUGAACAAGCCAGAUUAUGAGGAUAUUGUUCUUGAUAUUCGACUUCAAAUUGAAUUGCUUAACCCUCUCGCAUUUGCUCCA